ACGUUAUCACAUCACAAACCACCGAAACUCGAAACAAGCAACAACAACCUCUUCUUGGCUGGCUUUUAAGCGUUUAGCUAACAGCCAUGGCGUUUGUUAUGAAACUGCUGUUUCUGUCUGCGUUAGCGUAUAGUGCUAAUGCCGGGAUCCUUACUGGAGAACACAGCUCCGAUUCCUUCUUAUCUUCAGCUCUAAAUUCUCCAUCAGCUAAUUUCGGUUCGCCGUCUACAUCUUACGGACCUCCGGCACCAUCUUUGGACUUGAGUGGACCGGGAGCUAGCGCCGAUGGAAGCUUAUUAGCCGAUGAUCACUCUUCAGGCUUGGGCUCUAUUAACCAUGGACACAUUUCAUUGGGAGAUCAACCCUUGGCCAGUGGCCCGUCUCUGGGCGGAAAUCUUGGAUUUGGCGACUCCGGACUCAGCGGCCCAGGACUUAACGGUCCAGGUUUGGCGAACGGACCAGUCUUCGGUGGCGAUGCAGGUUUUGGAGGUCCCGCAUUGGGCGCUGGACCUAUCUCAAACGGUGCUCCAAUUGUAGGACCAAGCGGAGGUGAUGGCGCUUUACUUGGUGCUCCCGCAUCGGGUCCUGCCUUCGGAAAUCCCAUCGGCCCAGUUCUCGACACCGGACUCGCUGGCCCCGCCAACGGAGCUGUCGGCGCUCCAAGAGUACUCGGCACCACGGUUACCGUCGGCCGCCCAGUUGCUGGCGCUACCAGAUACGAGCUGCAGUCUGUCGUACAAAACGUCGUUCGUCGCAUCCCAGUUGAAGUGACCCGUCAUAUCCAAGUGGCAGUGCCCCAGCCCGUGGCCGUCCCAGUCCGUCAGGAAGUCAGGGUGCCAGUGCCUCAACCCUACCCGGUUCACGUUGACGUCGUGAAACAUGUCCCUUACCCUGUAUACAAAACCGAGCACGUUGAGGUUGAAAGACCAGUGCCCGUCGAGGUCGUGAAGCAUGUGCCAUUCGAAGUCAUUAGGAAGGUACCAAUCCCAGUUGAAAGGCCAUACGAGGUUAUCAAGAAAGUUCACGUCCCCGUGGAGAAGCACGUGGAAGUACCCGUGCCCGUAUGGAAGCCCUACCCCAUCCACAUCAUCAAGCACGUAACCCACUACAAAAAGAAGAGCUGCUGCUGGUGAAUAAAAUGUAAAAAAAACAGUCAUGAUCCUACCAAAUAGUCAAUACAAUUGUAAAUAUUGAUAGUCAUUAGCUGUAAUAAUAAACUGUGUAUAUUUUUCUAAGAUUUUUAUAUCAAAA